AUGUUACUAUUUAUUAGUGUAUUUUGUUGUAUUUAGGAAGUUAGAUCAGUCAUAACUACAAUAAGUCAAACACUUAAUCCAAUUCAAUAAUAAUACACUUAAUAAUUAAAUUUGACUUACCUACAAUAGUACAUUUAUAUUACUGCUGAAUUUAAAUACGUUCCGUUGUCAUACUUAUAUUACUAGAAUUUAGAAAAUGACAUAAAUCAAUAUAUAAUUUUCUCUUUGGUUUCAGAUAAAUCUAUAGAAGUUUUAGCUUACUUAAAAUACUUAACAUUAGAUUAGACUUUUACAAUUUGUGUCGAAUUACAAUUAAUAGAUAGUCUAAGUUAAACAAAAACUUUAUAUUUAUUUUCAAUGCUUCAAGAUCCAUUAUUGAUAGAAGGAAAUUGGUUUACAUUAGAAAUAAGAAACAAUUUGAUACUUAAUUAAGUGAAUGUCACAUGUUAUUAAAAUUAAAAUAUGACAAAUUUAUUUAACAAAAUAUAUACAGGUUUUAAUAUACAUGUAUAAGAAUAAUUUGAAUUAUAAGCUGGAAAUACUUAAGAUGUAUUAAUAUGUAAUUAAUUAAUAGAUUAAAUAAUUUUAUAAUUAAUUAUAUGAGGGACCAAUUAGAUUGCAAGUUUUGGAUAAGAGUAGUAGGUUUUAUCCUUUAAGUAUAUCUUGCACUUCUAAUUCAUAUUAUGAAAUUGUUUCUUAAAAGAUAUUUAACAAUAAAAAUUUUGAAAUUUAUCAAAAUGUUUACAAUAUUAAUAAAUGUUUUGGAAUAUCAGGAUGGAUCAAAGUGAAUAAGACUAAUGAACAUGAUGUAGUUAAUGUAAUAAAAAUAUUAGCAAGUCCAAAUGAUUUAAAUGAAUUGAUUAAUUUAUAAUACUUGAUAAAUGAAGAUUCAACUUAAAUUCAAUUAGAUUGUCAAUCCUAUAUAUUACCUAUUCCUUAAUUUAAAAGUAAUUCUGUAAAUUCAAUAUAAAAAAGCCUUCAAUUUUCAAUAGACAAAUCAUUAGAUGAAUGGCAUUACAUAUCAAUUACAUAUAAAUCAAACCAAAUUUCUUUAUCAUUAUAAUUUCCAUAAAAACCUUAAGAAAAUAUAGUAUAAAUUGUUAAGUAAGUUUAUUUGUUUUCAGAUACAAAUCAAACAAUCUUUUUAGGAGGAUAUAUUAAAGAUUAAAAAUACUAUUAUAGUAAUACUUAAGGAUAAUUUAAUUAAUUAAGAUAUUAUUCAAGAUUAGGAAAUGUAUUUCCAUUGGAAAUAUCAUGCCAUAUAAAUUGCUUAACUUGUUUUGGUCCUUAUUCAAAUUAAUGUUUAAGUUGUUAGACAUCUAGAAAUAGAUAAUAUUUUGUGGAAACUCAUUAAUGUUUAUGUAUGAUUGGAUUUGUAGAAUUUGGAAUUAGUUCUUGUAAAGAUAUAUAUCCUGAAAAAUAAGAGAAAAUAAUACCUUUAUCACUUAAUUAAGGAUAUGAUAGUGAAUAUCCUAAUGUGGUUUGUUCAUUUGGAUACUUUAAAUAUGAGAAUGUUUGUUAUUAAUGGUAAUUUAUUUGAUUUAUUAUAUAAUAAUAAUAGUCCAAAAGUAAAUAAAAAAUAUCCUUGUUAUCUCUGUCUAGCAAAUCCGAAUACUUGGAUAUAUGAACCAAAAUGUUUAAAAACUUAAGUUUAAGCAAAUAUGAGUGAUGAUAAUUCUCCAUUUGUACCUAGUGAUAACUAUGUGUAAUUAUUUUUUUACUAGGAUGAUUAAUAUGAUGUUUAUAUCUUUCAAGAUUUAGAACUCAUUUUAUGCGAAUAUUGUAGAUAAUUAUGUUUGACUUUACCAUAUAAUAUAGAGUGUAAGUUAUCAUAAUAUGUACAUUUAUAUAGAUAGACAUAUAUUAUUUGUCAACUCAGAAGUAAAUUUAUUGAUGGUAAAUGUAAAAGUAAGUUACUUUUAUGUUCAAUUAGUCUCUUUUAUUUUGGUGAAUUUAUAUGUAACCUUUUUUCUAUUGAUACAACUAAAUUCUCAAAAUGUUUAGCAUAUUAAUAAAAUAAAUGUUUAAAAUGUGCAGAUAAUUACUUUCAAUCUUAUGAUUAAUAGUAAUGUUUAUAUUGUUCAAUAGAUAAAUGUAAAAUCUGUUUUGAAUAUUAUUAAGAAGAUGUUAGUUAUAUGUCUAUUCUUUUUUUGAAUAAAUAAAUUAAUAAAGAAUUAUUAGUAAUUGGUUGUGCUUAAUGUUAUUAAGGUUAUUAAUUUAAUUUUAAUACUGGAAUAUGUGAAAUUGUUGUUUAAUAAGAUACAAAUUGUUUAAAAUAGUAUAUUAAUUUUGACAAGAAUGUUGUAUGUUAUGAGACCAUCACAGAUGAUUUUUCUAAAGGAACUAUGAUCCAUAAUUGUUAACGUUAUUUGUACAAUUGUAAUAAAUGCAUCCAACCUGUUUAAAAUUAAUAUUAUUGUGGAGAAUGUUAAAAAGGAUAUUAUUAUAAUAGAAAAUAAGGUAUUUGUUUAAAAUGUUCAUAAUAUAAUAAAAUUUAUGUAGAAUGUCAAAAUUCAUAUAGUUCUCAUAAUGAUUAAAUAUUACAUUAAAUAUUAGGAUUUACAUUCUAAUUUUCAGGAAUAUAUCCAAUUAAUUUAUUAUAAGAUUAUACAAGUGAAAUUUUAGAACCAAUAUCUUGUAUAGAUGGUUAUUCAUUAAUUGCUAAUGAAUGUGUGAAGGUUAAUUCAUCAUUUUGUUAUUAAUUUGAUAAAUAAUGUGUAUCAUGUGAAUCUAAUUAGUAUGGUACAAAAAGAUUAACUGUUAUGAAUAUGGAAUGUUAAGAUUGUCCUUUUUAUUGUGAAUAUUGUUCAAUUAGAACAUAACCUAUAAAUCAAUUAAAUCCAUAUUAUAAUUCAACUAUAAAAUAUAAUGGAUUUUAAUGUCUCCAAAAAGUAAAUAGAGAAUCUCUAUUUAUUGAUAAUUAUUAUGGUCAUGUUAGAUAAUGUAAUUCAACAAUACCUAAAUGUUAAAUUUAGUUAUCUUUUGUAUAAUAUAUUCCAUAACGUUUAGAUUACAUCCACAUUAGCAAGUCUAAAAGAUUAUCUAACCGGUAUUGAAGAUACUCAAUAUGAAUAUAUGAUCUUAAAAGGAGUAAGUAUUUUAACAUUUCAAUUAAAUGUUUCAUAACACAUUAUCUUUAGUACAUCCUUCCAUUCAAUAGAUAUCCUUAUUAAUUAUUAUGUAUAUCAAAUACUUACAUUAUAAAGAGCAGAAAUCAUAUUUAAUGGAUUAAAAUAUAAUGAUUAUUAAACUAUUACCUUUGGUUUAGUCUAAUUUCAUAGCUUGUAGAGGUUGAUCAUUCAAAAUAUAUAAUUAAACUUUUCUAUUUAUCUUAAUUCAAAGUUAUAGACUGUGAAUAUAGAUUCCUUUGAAUUAUAUUUAAUUAAUGUAACCAUUAUGGACUCGUAUUUUAAACCAGAAUUAGCCUAUGAUUUAAAUUUGAUACCACCUAGCAACAAUCAAUUUGGAAGAGCUUAUCAAAUAGAAAUAUAGAAUCCUAAUUUAAUAUCAUUAAUUAAUGUUAUCAUAUCUAAUAUAAGUUUACUUAAUACAACCUUUAUUAAUUUAAUUAAUUCUAACAAUAUCAAUUUUUAUUAGAUAAUAAUUCAAAAUUUAACAUUUGUUAAUUGUUCCAUUAUUAAUACUAAUUUUCUUACACUUACACAAAAUAUUUAAUAUUAAAAUAUUGAAAUAAUUAAUUUGAAUAUAUUGAAUUGUACUUUUUAAAAUGGAUCAAUCUUAUACUUUAAUGAUUAUUAUUUUAGAGGGAACUUAAAAAUUUCGGAUGUAUCAUUCAUUAAUUCAACCUUUAUUAAUUCUAUUCUUUUUACAUUACCAUAAUCAAAUUAAGCAUAUAUUAAUGAUGUUAUUUUUAAUAAUUGCAAAUUUUACAAUUCAUCAGGUUUAAGAAUUAGAUCUAGUUCCACAUUUCAAUAAUUUAUCAUUUCAAAUUGUGAUUUUAUGUACUCCUCCUUAAUAUCAUCAAAUAUCUAUGGUUCUAAUUAGAUAUUCUUAAAUUUCAAUUAUAUGAUAUUUACAACAAUAACAAUUGAGAAUUCAUAUUUAAUUGAAAUAAUAAAUGAUUAUAACAUUAUUUAUGUUGUUUCAAAUAUAGAUAUUAAAGGCAUUUUAGCUUCAAAUUUAAUUAGCAAUUAAUAUGAGAAAGUGUUUUAUUGUUAGGGUUAUUCUUUUAAAUUAAAUAAUGUCAAUAUGCUUAGACUUAGUGGUGUUAAUGAAUUUUAUUUAAAAAAUUUUGAAAUUCUAGAAUUAAAUCAUAUUAUUGCUGAUUCAAAUAUGGAUUAAGUAGUAAGUUAAAUAUUUGAAAUCAGUGCUUCCACUUUGAUUAUAGAUGAUUUUAUAAUAAAGAAUUAAAUAUCUGAAGAUUCAAUUUUCAUUUCCAUUUCUGAGGAUAUAAAUAAUAGAUAAAAUUAUAAGAAAAUUAGUAAUCUCUAAAUAAUGAAUAUACAAAUGAAAAAAAAAUAAUAUAAGUUGUCUUCAUCCAUAAUUCAAAUUGUAUCUUAAAUUGAAUAAACAAUAUUAAUAUAGAAUUCACAUUUCGUUAAUAUAUGGUAAAAUCAAGAAUUACAAGAUCCAGAAAUUAACACUGCUAGUCUCAUUGUUCUUAAUGUACCUUAAAGUUCAGUAUUGAUUCACAAUCUGACAAUAUUUAAUUGUCUUAUAUCAAAUGCUACUGAUUCAUUAUUAUUAAUAAACUCCAAAAUAUUAAACUUUCAGUAAUGCUUUACAAAUAUGACAAAUAAUCUGGAAUCUUAUUUUGAAACUGUUAAAGUACAAGUAGAUAUUACUCAUAUUUAAUAAAUGUCAUAUGGUGGUCUAGCCUAUAUACAAGUUCAAGAAUUAACAAUAAGAGAUUCUUAAUUUUAUAAUUCAAUUGGAUAUUAUGGAGGAGUCUUCUAUAUUAUUACAAAAUUCAAUGGAAUUCUCAAUAUUAUUGGACUAAAAUUUGAGAAUACUUCAACAUUCAAAAGUCUAUUUGCUUAAGGAAUGGGAGGAUGCUUAUAUAUUGAUUCAUAAUACUCAUACCUAUCAUUGAAUAUGAAUGAUAUACAUGUAACUAAUUCAAGUUCAAAUUACAUAGGAGGAUUCCUAUAUGUUAAACCAUCUAUAUACUAAAAUGUAAUGAAUCUAAGAAAUCUUGAAUUUUUUAAUGUAUUCUCCUCUUAAUAAUCUAUCAUCUCAUUCAAUUAAAUGUAUUAAUAGUAAAAUAAUUCGACUGUAAAUUUGGAUAAUAUCACUAUAAUAAAUGAGGAAAAUUCUUAUAAAAAAUACUUAGAACAUUAUGGUUUGACAAAUUCAGAGGGUCUAUAUGGAUUAAUUACCAUUUAAGGAAGAUAGAUAGCAAUUAGUAGAUUAAAUGCUGAAGGAUAUUUUUAUGAAUCAAUCUUACAUGUUGAAUAUUCAAGAUCUUUUAAAUUACACAAAGCAAAUGUGUACAAUUCAUUAUUUGAUAGUUUAAACUUAUUAUUUAUAUAAGAUAUAAGUUAAGAUACAUCAACAUAUAUUUAUAUUGAGCAUCUAUCUAAUUUCAAUAUUUAUGGUAAUAAAAGUCUACAAAUAGCCAUAGUAUAAUUAAUCUUAUCCAGAAAUUGUAUUUCGGCUUAAUUUGAUAAUAUGAAUUUUUACAAUAUCACUUGUUAAAACUGUUAGAAUGGUAUUUUAUCCUUAAAUACAAAUUCAAAGAAUAAAACUACAAAAAUACGAUUUUAAGUCAUAAUUGUAAAUAAAAAUAAUUGUGGCUAUAAUGGAUGCUUUAAUCUCUUAUCUAAUUAAAGUAUUAAUGAUUAAGUAGUUAUAAUAAAAAAAAGUAAAUUUAUUAAUAAUUUUGCUAAUUAUGGAGGAUCAAUUUUUAUUAACAAUAUUCAACUCUAUAUUAAGACUACAUUAUUCUUAGAAAAUGUUGCUAAACAUUCAGGAGGAGCAAUCUUUUAUGAGAAUAAAAAAGAUAUUUAUUUAUUUGAUUGUUACUUUUAUGAAAAUAAGGCAUCAGCAGGAGGUGCUAUAUAUUUAGGAUCAAAUGCAUUAAUAUAGAAUUAAAGCAAAUUGUAUUUCUCUUAAAAUUCAGCAACAAGUUUUGCAAAUAAUUUAGCAGAGUAACCAUAAUUCUUAUAAUUAAUUAUUAAUAAUCAAGAAAUCACUAAUCAUAGAUAAAUUAGAGGAGAUAAAGUAAUUGAUAAUCCUAUCUUAAAACAAAAGCUCUAUUUACCUACUGGUAUUAAAUUGUCAGAAUAUGAAUUCUUUAAUUAUACUUCAAAAUUAUUUAGUUCAAUCUAAUACUCAAUUGAAUUGAAGGCCUAUAAUCAUAUUAAAGAAGAGAUUAUAUUUUUAGAUGAAACUUAAUGUCUAAUAUCAUAUGAAAGAAAUGAUAAUGAAUAUAAAGAAAGUUUAUUAUCUUAAUAUUAAAUAAUUGUAUUUAAUUCAACAAAACAAACUUAUGAUUUGAAUGAAUUAUUAAUAGUUCAUAAUCCAUAUGAUAAUUAAAAAUCUAUAAUGCUUGAUAUUAAAUGUACAUGUAUUGUUGAUGAUUAUCAUCUACAAUUUCCAAUUGAAACAUUGAAAUGCCAAAUAGGUGAAUAUUUUUAUUUAGGUUCAUGUCUUAGAUGUGAUGCAUCUGCAGGAUAUUAUUCAGUAGCAUACAAUAGUACUUCAUGUAAGAGAAUUGAUAUUAAAUUAAUCAAUUAAACUAAUGGAGCUAUGCUUUAAUUAUAGCAAUCUUAUUGGAGACCACAUUUAAGAUCUGAUUUAAUUGAGAGAUGUUAAAAAUAUCCAUCUAAAUGUUUGGGUGGAUGGUUUCCAGGAGAAGUUUCUUGUUCUAUUGGUAAUAUAGGAGCACUUUGUGAAGAAUGUGAUAUUUAUAAUAUUAGAGGAGAUGGAUAUUUUUUGAAUUCUGGAUAAAAAUAAUGUAGUAUUUGUGGACAUCUUAGUGUUUAAAUUAUGUUAUUAUUGAUUUCAUCAUUAUGGUAUAAUUACAUUAUUAUUAUUAUAAGGUCUUCCUUUUUGAUUAUAAUGACAGUUAAAAGUACUCAUAAUUCUCUUUAAAAACUAGCCUAAUUAAAAUUAAUAUAUUUGAAAUAUCAAACCUUAUAUACUUUUAGUUUAGAUUAGACUAGUAUAUUAAUUAAAAUGAGCAACAAUUACUUUUAAAUUUUGAUGGUAAUAACUAGUUUUUAAAUUGAUUUCUUUACAAAUCUUAGAAAUACAAUAUAUUUUCUAGGAGAAACUUCUAGUUUUGUCACUUAUCAAAUAGAUUGUACUUCAUCUCAAAUCAUAAAAAUACCAAUUAUUUAUAGUCAUUUCAUUUUGAUUCUAAUUAUUCCCUUCUUUAAUUUUGCCUUGUCAACAGCUAUCUAUUGUAUUUCUAUCAUGGCUAAGAUUUCCAAGUUUUCACAAACCUUUAUUUAUACUACCAUCAUAUAUCUUUACAUUUACAAUCAACAAUCAAUAUUAAAUUGGUAUAUUUAUAUACUAUUGAAUUAGGGGUACAUCUUUAAUUUCUAAAAGAGAAAUUUCUGGAGAUUAGUACAUAUAAGCAUCUGUUUAUUAUUAUUACAAUACUCAAGAACACACUAAUUGGUUAUUCAAAUUUAUUAUUCCAAUAGUUUCCUUUUUGGGAAUAUUGAUUCCAUUAUUAUUAUUAUAUUAUCUAUAUCAUCAUAAAGGUAAUUUGUAUAAUAAAAAUGCAAGAAAUGUAUUAUCAUAUUUGGUUAAUGAAUAUAGUGAUCAAUCUUAUUAUUGGGAACUUAUUAAGAUUGCUUAAAAAUUGUUAAUUAUAAUGAUAAUCAAUUUUUUAGAGUAGUAAAUCUUAAUCAAAGGUAUUUUAAUUUAUAUUAUAAUAAUCCUAUAUUAUUAAUCACUUAUAAUUUUUAGACCAUAUCGUCAAUCAUAAUUUAAUGUAUUGGAAUAAACUAUAUCAUAUUAUGUUUCAAUGACUAUACUACUAUCUUUACUAUUGUAUUAAAUUCAAAAUUUGGAAAUACAUAAAUAUUUACAAAUCUCUUUAAUAACCCUUAUAAUAUAUUUGAUCAUUAAAUUAAUACUAUUAUUCAUUGAAAAAAUAUUCAUUGCUUUCUUUAAGAGAUUGGAUGAAUAAUUGGAUCCCAUUAGAGGAAUCAUUUUAAUGAAUUUUCCCAAUAUUUGUAAAAUAUUUCCAUCUUUGAAAAAAAUCUUAAAACUUAGAAAAUAAUAAAAAUAAAGGAUAUUAGAAAGAUUUUAUAAAAUAAAAAAUUAUUUGAAACUUUAAAUUAUCAGAUUACCAACAAAAGAUUCAAAUAGAGAAAAAACUAGAGGAAGAGAUAGUAGAUCAUUACUUUUCAUUUCCUAACAUAGAAAUACCUUUACAAGUAUUGAGAAAAUCAUAAUGACUUAAGGAAAUGAAACAGCACCAUUAAGAUGA